UCUUACUUCUGCUGGGCUGCUUCGGGUCUCUAAGGUCUUUGAUUUUAAUAUGAUGCCAGUUGGACCUGUUGAAAUUGGAUCAUUUGGCUAAAUCCCAAUAGCAAUACCUCAUACUUACCAACUUGCAUCUAAUUCAGAGAUGAAAGUUUGUGCUCUCCGUCUGAAUUCCAGCCAAGCCAAUGUACAGGAAUUUAUUCUCUCCAGCAUAUCCUCCAUCUAUGAAGUCCAACUGCUGCUCUCUAUAUCAUUUUUGGUUAUUUAUAUAAUUACCUUAGCUAGCAAUGCUGUCAUUAUUUCAAUUAUACAGCUGGAUGCCCACCUCCAGACCCCCAUGUAUUAUUUCCUGACCAAUUUAGCAUUUCUGGACAUUUGCUACUCCUCUGUCACUGUUCCUAAAUUGCUGGACCUUCAGCUGACUGGCAGAAAGACCAUUUCUUUCUAUGGCUGUAUAGCGCAAAUGUAUUUCUUCCAUGUAUUAGGGAGUUCGGAAAUGUUUCUCCUUGUUGCGAUGUCCUAUGAUCGCUAUGUAGCCAUAUGCAACCCCUUGCGUUAUAGUGUUAUUAUGAGAAGAGCCGUGGUUAUGACGCUGAAAGUGUGUUCAUGGGCUGGCGGUUUUAUUCACUCCACGUUCCACACAGCUUUCUUAUUAAGGCUUUCCUUCAGCCAGUACAAUAAAGUGGAUAAUUUCUUCUGUGAUGCUACACCCCUUAUUAAACUAUCGUGUUCUGACACAACCAUGGAUGAAAUUAUGCUUCUUGCGACGCCUGGAAUUCUGGGUCCUAUUUGUUUCAUACUAACUCUCGUAUCUUACAGUUAUAUUGUCAGGAGCAUUCUGAAAAUCAAUUCGGCCCAAGGAAGGUACAGGACAUUUUCUUCAUGUGCAUCUCACUUAACUGUGGUUACAGUCUUUUAUGGGACUGGUAUUUUUGUGUAUGUCCAACCCAUGGCAGUUUAUUGGUCAGCCAAUCAGUUCAUAACAGUGUUCUAUUCUAUCAUCACCCCAAUGCUGAAUCCUUUGAUAUAUACACUGAGAAAUAAGGAAAUAAAGAAAGCACUUGGAAAAAUACUGUUUAAGCAAAGUCCAAUGCAUGCAAAUAUACAUUUAUUACAUUAAUAAAUACCUUUUAACAAUUUUGUAAUGAGUGAUUAAGCCCGUCCUGAAUGCAAGUAUGAGCAUUUGUUUAUAUAUUCCUUGAAGGCCAGUAUGGUAAUAGUGACUAAUGACUGACAGAAUAUUAGUGUAACCUGUAUUCUAGCACAGAAAGAGGCUAAAAUUGAAAAUGAAUUCAUGUUAGGAUUGGGUGGGAUUGAAGAAGGAACCUAAAGGUUUCUGGAAACUCUCCUUAAACAACAGGCCAAGCGCAUUGGUGAGUUCGCUCAUCUGUCAUGUACUCUCAUCAUCAUUUAUUCUCAGGGUUUCUCCUUGCCACCCUAUCAUAACCCAGCAGCACUAUUAGUCAGCCAAUCCCACUUGGUCAAGCCCCUAUUAAACCCUUCUUUGACUUCAAUUCUUGGCCUAAGCAUUGGCCUCUGAUAGCUUCAACUCUGUGGCUUGUCCUUAGUUCUUGCUCCUCUUGCUCCAGUCCAGUUCCUAAGUCUAUGCAGCCUAGUCUUGUCCCUUUGCCCAUUCUGCUUUUGCCUGUUCUGUCUCUUGACCUGCUCCAUCCUUAUCCUACCUGUCCUGUUCCUAACUGGUCACAAUAGCUAGUCUUUACCUUAAAGUGAUACUGACAUGAAAACACUACUUUCCAGAAUAUUAAUUUACUUAAAAGGUUCCCUAUAGGUCAUGUUUGCUGAACCAGUUACCUAUUUCAGCAAUUUUUUUAAUAAAUAAACUUAAAAGUUGCACCAGUAACUAUACAGGUGAUGCAACAAAAAGGCAAUUGGGCGCUUCAGGCACCAUGUAUAUGUGCACGCUCACAGUGGACUUGUGUCACUUCUGGUUUCAAUAUGAAAUGCACUCUUCAGUGGGUAAAGGAGAAGUUAAAUGUGAUUGUGAUCAACGUGGGGCCCCAAAGUAACCAUCAUUUAAAACUGGUGAUUGACUGAAAAGGAACUGGGACUUAUCAGUGAUGUCACUUCCAGCCAAGUGGGUCAGAAGCAAACUGCAGUAAUGCGCACAAUAGGACAUGUGAAUGGCUGAAUAUGGUGGAGGCACCUAGGGGGCCCUACAGAGAUCCGGAGAAUGCUCUCCUCACCCCUCCAACCCUCACAUGCAGUGUGCAACAGAAUAUAAUCAUAUUGUUAUUUCAUAGGCAGGCUGUUUCAAGGAGCUGUUACUUGCCCUUUAAUAAUUUAAUCGGAGCAUGUAUAUGUAAAAUAAAAUUAGACAAACAUUAAGGAUAAUUUAUCUUAUGAGGGAAACACAAUAAGUAUGUGACACUUCAAGAUGUAAUAAUACUAUCAUAGUUCUCCGAUUGGGAAUUGUGAUGUUUUCCAUUAAAAAAUCAAAUACAGAUAUGGGAUCUGUUAUCCGGAAACCUGUUAUCCAGAAAGCUCUGAAUCACGGGAAGGCCAUCUUCCAAUGACUCAAGUUUAAACAAAUAAUUCACAUCUUUAAAAAGGGUUUUCUCUGUAAUAAUAAAACA